GCGGCCCCGCCCGGGGCGGCUAAAGCGACGUGUCCUUGUCCCCCGUGGGCAGCCCUAGCGCGUGCAGCCGCGGAUCUCCAGCUCCAAGGGCCUGCCUUAGAACCGCCACCCCCUGGGACAAGCAGCCUGGAGCCAUGAAGACCAAGAACCGGCCCCCCAGGCGCCGGGUGCCAGCGCAGGACCCAGAGGCCGCCGCAGGGGAACGGACCCCUGACGGGCCCCAGCAAGGUUCGGGGCUGGAGCUGGCCAAGGGUCUGCGGAGCAGGACGGUGCGGGCACAGGGGGCGCGGGCCGAGGGUGGGCGCAGGCGGCCGGGGGCCUCGGGGCCUGGUGGCCGGCGGGAGAACAGCGUCCAGCGGCGGCUGGAGAGCAAUGAGCGAGAGCGGCAGCGUAUGCACAAGCUGAACAACGCCUUCCAGGCGCUGCGAGAGGUCAUUCCGCACGUUCGAGCCGACAAGAAGCUCUCCAAGAUCGAGACGCUCACUCUGGCCAAGAACUACAUCAAGUCGCUGACCUCCACCAUCCUGACCAUGUCCAGCGGCCGCCUCCCCGGCCUGGACGGCCCGGGCCCCAAGCUCUACCAGCAUUAUCAGCAGCAGGCGGCGGCUGGGGGUGCACUGGGCGCCACCGAGCCCCAGCCCGAAGGCCACCUGCAGAGGUACUCCACGCAGAUCCACAGCUUCCGGGAGGGCUCCUAGCGCCUGGCCUGGGGUCCGCGGCCUGGCCCGGCCCUGCUGCCUCUGUGCCGAGAGCCCCAGAUUGAUGGGGACACCCCACGUGGACGUGGCCCCAGCGGCUCCAUUUUCCCCAAACGCUCAGCUGCCUCCCUGGGGCAUGGCCUGGUCCCCAGGGGACAAGACCAGUUGAGUGGCCUGCUUGAAGCCCUGGCUCUGGGCAGCAGGAGGCCCGAACCUUGACCUAAGUCCCAGGACCUGCUUUUUAAUUGACCAGGCUGCAGUUGACAGGCCUUUGUAACUAAAUUCUCUCCAGUCCCAACUCCUUCCUGAGACAAAGGGGGGGGGGGAGGGAGGGAGAUUCCAGGAAAAGGUCCAUGUGGGUAAGUUUCCACAGUUCCUGCUGAGGCCCCAGGCCCAGGAACAGUCCUCCUCCAACCUGCAAUGUGGCCUCUUCGUUCAGGGUAAACUGAGGCACAGAGCAAGCAAAGGCCACAGACACGGAGUGUGGCUAAGCCGAGAUGAUUGAAGCGUGUAGUUCAGCGUGUGUCAGAUAGAAACUCUCAAAACCCCACAAAUCCUAAUCCGAUUACCUCAAAUUAAUUCUAAAGGGACCUUGGCAGGAAGAAGGGCUGGGAUCUUUUCCUUCCUCCUCCUGGGUGGGGCUCCUGACUGUGGAGGGUCAGGCCCCAGGGGCUGCAGCCCAGCUCUCAGGGGCUUACAGACAGGUCUGGGAGAACGGCCCGGCUCUCCCUCCCUCGGCGUUUGCUGCUCGUGGUCGCAUUUGUCACUGCUGUGGUCGUGUCACUGGCAGAGGGCGGUUGACAAAACUGCAGGGUGUUCUCGGGUCCUGCCUGGAGUUGGGGGCCUGCAGGGCUUUCUGGGGAGGGAUCCUGGGGUGGCAGGAGCUCCCCUCCCCCGCCUAGUGCUGCUCCUUAAAGGCGGGCCUGGGCAGUUUGGCAGGUCCCCCCACCCCCCCCCCCCCCACUCCCCACAGUCCCGGGCCAAGCUUCCUUCUGUGACACUUCUGGCCCCGACAGGCUUUGGCGUCUCUCCUCCCUCAUCCCUGUGCCCAUGGCCAAUAUGGGGAGGGGACGAGCAACCUUGGCUGCCACGGGCAGGAACCCCAGUGACAAAGGCUGUGGUGAGGGUAGAGCUGGCCUGGCAUAGGAGGCCAGACCUCGCAGCCAGAGCUGUCCCAGAGGCCCUCAGGGGGCCGAGCCGCAUGGGGGCAGGGCCACCUCACCCCUCCCCACCCCACCCCAGCCUUGGGGGUCCUGGCCCUAGCCGCUUAAUCCCCUCCCUGGCUUGGUGUCAGCAUCAAGGACAGCAGGCAACAGCC